GACGGAGAUAACCCGGGCAAAAUUUAUAGUCACACCAAAUAAACAUGGCUGCCUCCCCGCCGUCAGAAGUGUGUGUGAGAAAUACGGAUGAAGAAAUGAAUUCUGCAAUAGAAACGGACGAUUGCUCGGUCACGAAGAAUGGAUGUGAACCCCAAAACAAAGACGUACUUAAAACUGAAUCAGAAACAAAGGACAUUUUUAAGAAACCGGCGCUUUUCGCAGCACCUUCCCUCACCAGCAAACGCAGCACAGUCGCUGCUACGUCUAAACCAACAGCGGCCGAAACAAAAGCUUUGCCAGAAAAUAACAACGUUGACGUUGCAGACACUACUCGAGAAAAUUCUGUAACUGAUGUCAGUGAAAACAAAACUACCGAAAAAGGGAAAGAAGAGGGCAAAAAAGGCGCUAAAGACGCUUGUGUGGCUCCUGAUAAAUCCAAGACAGAAGCUAAACCCAGGGUGCUCCCUGUGAAAGGACCCCCGGCUGGUAAAUUCCCCCCUAUCCCUUAUAAAGAGCCGCCCUGGGGUGGCAAGGCUCCAGAUACCGCCUAUGCUUUGGAAAUCCUUAAAAACGGCACUAUCGUGGACACGGUACCCCUCACACAGAAAAGUUACUUUGUGGUUGGACGUUUACCUGUGUGUGACGUCUCUUUGGAGCAUCCGUCCAUCUCCAGGUACCACGCAGUGAUUCAGUACCGCAGAGAGGCUGGAGCGAGAGAGUGUGUCGGGGAGGAGAUCGGGUUUUACAUCCAUGACCUGGGCAGCACACAUGGUACUGUGGUUAACAAGAACAAGAUUCCCCCGAAGACCUACAUCAGAUUACGUGUGGGACAUGUCUUAAAGUUUGGCGGGAGCACGAGGCUUUUUAUCCUGCAGGGUCCAGAGUUUGAUGAGGAAGAGGAGUCUGAGCUAACGGUGACAGAGCUCAGGGAGCGAGCCCGGAAACAGAAGGAAGAGCUGGAGAGGCGGAUGAUGGGAGAAGGAUCUGAUGAUGAGGAAGAGGCUAUGGAGGGAGAGGAGGAGGAGGAUGGCAAAAUAAACAAGGGCCAGAGCAAACUGUCAAAUGAAGACUCAGGCUGCUCAUGGGGAAUGGCUGAGGAGGUUGUUCCAGAGGAAGACGAGAACGAGGAAAACCCUUUUUCAACAGAGUUCCACGAGGACCAGGAAGCUGCCUACCUGAAAGACCCAAAGAAGGCUUUACAGGGCUUCUAUGACAGGGAAGGAGAGGAGCUGGAGUUUGAGUAUGAAGACAAAAGCCGUGGAAGCUGGCUUUGCAGAAUAAAGCUUCCUGUGGACGAUGCCAUGGGCCGGCAGCUGGUUGCUGAGGUGACCCACACAGGGAAGAAGAAAGAAGCAGCCGUUCAGUGUUGCCUGGAGGCUUGUCGCAUGCUGGAAGCCAGAGGGCUGCUGCGGCAGGAAGCAGUGUCCCGUAAGCGCAAGAAGAAGAACUGGGAAGAUGAGGAUUACUACGACAGCGAUGAUGACACCUUCCUGGAUCGGACCGGCACAGUGGAGAAGAAGAGGCAGGAGAGGAUGAAGAAGGCGGGAAAGAUUGAGGAGCGGCCUGACACCUAUGAAUCAUUGGUGGCCAAACUGUCAGAGGUGGAGAAGGAGCUGGCAGAGACUCAGAAGAAGCUCAGUGCUGCGAGGGGAGACUCCUCCGGCUCUUCUAGCGAGGACCCGCUGGACGCUUUCAUGACUGCAGUGCGGACUGAAGCGGCGAUGGACGGCGUGGAGCGCAGGAAGCUUCACGUGCAUGUAGCCGACUUACGCAAGGAAGCUCAGAGGCUCCGCAAGCUGGUGGAGCUCACGCGGCCCGCCCAGAUGCCCUCGCUGCUGCCGAGUGGCAGCUCAGAGACAGAGAAACCCAAAAGAACUUUACCUCUGUUUGGAGCCAUGAAGGGAGGAAGCAAAUUCAAACUGAAGACCGGCACCAUUGGGAAGUUGCCUCCUAAGCGUCCUAACUUGCCCGCAGAGCUCUUCAACAUGAAAACACUUUCACCAGGUGGAGAAGAGGAGGAAGAGGUGGAGGAGGAGGAGGAGGAGGAGGAGGAGGAAGCAGAAGAGGCAGAAAAACAUGAGGAUAAUGAUGAGAAAGCAACACUUACGAAAAUGAAUGCUGACCCUGAAGAGUCCAGUGCAUCAGUGUCUCAAGAGAGCACUUCCUCAGCGAGCCGAGGACGGCAAGCGGUGCAGUCCCAAGGGCCAAGAGAGCAAAGCCACAAGCAGAGGAGAGGCGAGGACUCAGCUGAAACAGUGGAGGAGGUCCCUCAGCAGGGCAGCAACAGCAAGGCUGCGGCCGCGUCCAGUCCAGAGUCCAAAGCAGAAGGUGACAGAGAGCCACCAGCAGGGUCCAGUGCCAGAAAGAGUGUGAAUAAGAAAGUGAUGGGCCCCAGGAGGCCACCAGUGAAGCUCUCAGGACAGUAUCCAGAGGACGACCCUGAUUAUUGUGUGUGGAUGCCUCCAGCAGGUCAGACUGGAGAUGGCCGCACAGCCUUAAACGACAAGUACGGCUACUGAGUUCUUGCGUCUCCACUGCACCCAGCUACUGGAGAUAAUACCUGCAGCACAAAGCCUUCUUAGUCCUGACCAUUAACCCCCUCCACCAAUCCCAGUUGCCCAGUGUGUGGUUCAACUCGGACAAGCCUGUGACAGAACAGGCAAAGUUAAUAAUGCUGCUCCUUAUAUCUUUUGGAAAUAUUUGUGUUCUCAGAUAGCCAUAAACAAAAAUUCACAUUGAACUGGCCCCCCUCCGUGCAGACACUGGGCAGUCAGCCUGCUGGCACUUUUCAGUCUGGACUAUAAUUGAGAUGUGUAGCACUUAAAUCUUGUUCUUUUAUUCGAAUUCCAUAUCAUCCAAGCAGAAAGUAGAAAGGGGCCGAGCAGGAGCAGUAACUGAUCUGAAUUCAGCUUUCUACUCUUUGGCUGCUCCCCUUGCAGUUAAAUCCACCUGACAUCCAAUCUGUAUCCCUCCCCUGUUUGGCUUCAGUCAAUCGCUGGCAUAACCUUUUUUUUUUCCAAAGGAGAGUGUGUAGCAAGAAGGGAGAAAGAGGGAGAGUAUUGAAGCAGCUUUUCUGACCAUCUGGACACUUGGAUGGCUUACUGGAUGAAACGCAAGCUGAUAAUGACUCAAGCUAAGCGGAGUGUGUGUCUUGUGUCUACACAGAGACACACACACACACACACACAGCGUCCAACCUUCCCAAGUUCUCUUUUUAACAAGAUUGUCUUUAUGAGCGAGUCAGCUAUUGGUGUGUGUUUGCCUAGAGCAGGAUUCCUCGCGCUGUGAAAUCCCACUCAGUGCUGCUCUGUUAGUUUACUGCCAUACUUUCCACCCUCUUUCCUGUUUUUGUUUCUUAAAUCACAAAAUAAAGAAAUGUAAACCUUAUUUUGUUAUAUAAGUGUAUAAUAAAAAUGUCUGUACAUAA